GUGGUUCAGCAGGGACAUCCCUCAUGUGGUCUUACCGGUUCCUCAGCGCUUCACGUUAACUCUAUAGCUUCCAGCAUUUGAAUCUUGCUGACAGUGAAAGGUUUAGUCAAAGGCAGCACCAAUGUGAAUACAAAUGAAGCGUUACAUGUACCUGAUUAUCUCCUGGGUCGGCUAGACUGGCUGCGCUUGUUUUACUGCCCCAGCAACAUAAGCAGUGUCAUAAAGGUCACGUUGUGUGGGCUUCUGCUUCCUAUUGAUCAACCGGUUUGUGGGUCCAAAGUUCAGUAGACUUAGUGUAAUGUACUCUAUUCUCUCACAUACAGUCCUGCUGUGCGGGGAGGCAGAGGGACACACAAACCACUAGUGUAAAGAGAGAUGUUUCCUAAAGGGAUUUUAGAUGAAGAGGAGGAAGUACAGUUGCUAAGCCCAGAGAGAGAAAAACGUUUAACCAAAAGAAGACCCUCACCACAAUUUUGUGUGAACAAAACCUUUUACGACUUUCCAGUAUCUGCCUGGAAACAAGCAAAGAAACCCAGUCUCGCUUUUGACAACAGGGGCUAUGAAGGAAGCCCAGAUGACCUGCCCUCUUUGCCUGAUGAUGUGGGCUCAGUAGUGGUGGCAAUUGAAGGCAUGACUUGCCAGUCCUGUGUGCAGUCAAUUGAAGGAAGGAUCUCUAAAAUAUUAGGGAUAGUAAGCAUAAAUGUAUGCCUGGAACAGAAUAAUGCUGUUGUCAACUAUUUACAGUUAGAAAUAACGCCACAUCAAAUUUGUGAAGAGAUUGAAGACAUGGGUUUUGAUGCAAGUUUAUCAGAGGAGAUGGGGAUUACAUCAUCUCUAAAAUCGACUUAUUAUGGCGACGAUGUGAUAAAAAUUAGAGUAGAAGGCAUGACGUGCCAGUCUUGUGUCAACACAAUUGAAGGCAAAAUAGGCAAAAUUCAGGGUGUGCAGAAGAUCAAAGUGUCCCUUAGCAGUCAAGAAGCAAUCAUCACUUAUAAGUCAGACAUCAUCCAACCAGAAGACCUGAGGAAAUACAUAGAAGACAUGGGAUUCGAAGCUUCUAUUAAAAACAAGCCAGAUCCAACAAAGCUUGGGACAAUUGACGUAGGACGCUUGCAGAGCAGCUCUACUGAAAACAAUUUAGGGGGUAGCCCCACUGAAACUGUGACUUUAGGGAUAGACGGCAUGCACUGUAAGUCUUGUGUGCACAACAUUGAAGGAUAUGUAUCUGGCCUUGCCGGCAUUCGAAGCAUCAAAGUCUCACUCGAGAACAAAAAUGCCGUUGUGUGCCUUUAUCAAGGGUCUACCUCACUCUUAUCCUUAAAAGAAAGCAUUGAAAAUCUUCCUCCAGGGAACUUUAAAGUAACGCUUCCAGUGGUGGUAGAAAAGAGCCAAUCAUUAACAAGAGACAGUAUUUAUUCUUCUCACACAGACCAGAGCAUAGGUGGAAACAUGGCCUUAAUUAGUAUUGGGGGAAUGACCUGUGGAUCUUGCGUAUCAUCAAUUGAAAACAUGAUUUCACAAAGGAAGGGCGUACUGCAUAUAUCUGUUUCUUUAGAUGAAGGGAAUGGGAACAUCUUCUACAAUCCACGUGAAACAAAUGCAGAGGAGUUACGAUCAGCCAUAGAAGAUAUGGGAUUUCACUCCACUCUUGAAUCUGAUAACUCACUGUCUACAAGCCGUAGUCAGUAUAACUCCCAGGAAGAGGACAACAAGCAAACCACCACAAAGAAAAUUGAUGGCAGCCAAAAUUACAUAUUGGAUGUUCUACCCAAAAAAUCUCACCCGGACUUUAAUAAUGAUAAAUAUGAUACAGCUCCUGAGAAAAGUUUCUUGCAGAUCACAGGAAUGACGUGUGCAUCAUGUGUUUCUAACAUUGAGAGGAACCUAAAAAAGAGAGAUGGAAUUGUGUCCGUGCUUGUAGCACUGAUGUCUGGUAAGGCAGAGGUCAAGUACCACCCAGACAGAAUUCAGCCACUGGAAAUAGCACAACUAGUUGAAGAUCUAGGAUUCGGGGCAUCCGUAAUGGAAGAUUACACAGCUACCGAUGGCAAUGUGGAGUUAAUUAUUACAGGAAUGACCUGUGCUUCUUGUGUUCACAACAUUGAAUCCAGGCUAAUGAGAACCCCCGGCAUUUUGGAAGCAUCAGUUGCUCUAGCUACGUGCAAAGCCCAGGUCAAGUUUGAUCCAGAGACUGUUGGUCCACGAGAUAUAAUUCAAGUUAUUCAGGGAAUUGGCUUUCAAGCUUCUUUAGCCAAAAGAGACCCAACAGCUCAUAAUCUAGACCAUAAGGAGGAAAUAAAACAGUGGAGAAAUUCCUUCCUUUUCAGUCUUCUAUUUGGGAUCCCUGUUAUAAUCCUCAUGAUUUACAUGUUUGCUGCUAACAAAGACCAUCACAGUACCAUGGUGCUUGACAGAAAUAUUAUCCCUGGCCUGUCAAUAAUAAAUCUUGUCUUCUUCAUUCUCUGUACCUUUGUUCAGACCCUUGGAGGCCGGUAUUUUUAUGUUCAAGCUUAUAAAUCUCUGAAGCACAAGGCAACUAAUAUGGAUGUGCUGAUUGUCCUGGCCACCACUAUUGCCUACAUUUACUCUGUGGUUAUCCUGGCAGUGGCCAUGGGGGAGAAGGCCGAUAAGAGCCCUGAGACUUUUUUUGAUACCCCUCCCAUGCUGUUUAUGUUUAUUGCCCUGGGAAGAUGGCUGGAGCAUAUUGCAAAGAGUAAAACCUCAGAGGCUCUCGCCAAGCUGAUAUCCCUACAAGCUACGGAGGCCACAAUUGUUACAUUUGGUGCAAAUCAAACCAUUCUAAGAGAAGAGCAGGUAGAUGUAGAAUUAGUUCAAAGAGGAGACAUUGUCAAGGUUGUGCCUGGGGGUAAAUUCCCUGUUGACGGAAAAGUCAUCGAAGGAACUUCAAUGGCAGACGAAUCUCUCAUUACAGGUGAGCCGAUGCCCGUACGGAAGAAGCCUGGGAGCAUGGUUAUUGCUGGUUCCAUCAAUGCACAUGGCACGGUUCUUGUUGAAGCCACACAUGUUGGAUCGGAAACCACUUUGGCGCAGAUUGUUAAACUUGUGGAGGAAGCUCAAAUGUCCAAGGCACCUAUCCAGCAGCUGGCAGAUAAAAUAAGUGGAUACUUUGUUCCCUUUAUCAUCAUCAUUUCUGUCGUGACUUUGGUGACUUGGAUAACAAUUGGCUUUGUAAAUUUUGAUAUCAUAAUUAAAUAUUUUCCAAGUUACAAUCAAAAUAUUUCCAAGACAGAAGUCAUAAUACGUGUGGCAUUUCAGACCUCCAUUACCGUGCUGAGCAUCGCCUGUCCCUGUGCUUUGGGCCUGGCAACACCCACAGCAGUAAUGGUUGGCACAGGAGUGGCAGCUCAGAAUGGCAUCCUUAUCAAAGGUGGUGAACCGCUGGAGAUGGCUCACAAGAUAAAGGCAGUGAUGUUUGACAAGACCGGCACCAUAACCCAUGGGGUGCCUAAAGUCAUGAGAGUGCUGCUGCUAGGAGAUGUGCUGAAGAUGCCUCUGAAAAGAAUGCUAGCAGUGGUGGGGACAGCAGAAGCCAGCAGUGAACAUCCCUUGGGAAUGGCUGUUUCAAAAUACUGCAAGGAGGAACUUGGUACAGAAACGCUAGGAUAUUGUACAGAUUUCCAGGCUGUCCCAGGAUGUGGCAUCAGCUGUAAAGUGAACAACAUAGAGAGUGUUCUAGUCCAGAGUGAAGAAGGACUAAAUGAACAGAACUCCUACAGAAAUUCUCUUCUCAGUACCACAGACAGCUCUUUGAUUAUCUCACCGGAAUUAUUAGGUGCACAAGCUCCAGCACCCCACACUGUUUUAAUUGGCAAUCGAGAAUGGAUGAGACGCAACGGGCUACACAUCUCCACUGAUGUUGAUGAGGCCAUGUCCAGCCAUGAGAUGAAAGGACAAACAGCAAUACUAGUGGCAAUAGAUGGUGAGCUGUGCGGGAUGAUUGCCAUCGCAGACACAGUGAAAGAGGAGGCGGCUCUUGCUGUACAUACCCUGAAAAGCAUGGGGAUAGAUGUGGCUAUGAUUACAGGCGACAACAGAAAAACUGCAAAAGCUAUUGCUACCCAGGUUGGAAUCAAAAAGGUUUUUGCAGAAGUUCUUCCUUCCCAUAAAGUUGCAAAGGUUCAAGCUUUCCAGAAUGAUAAGAAGAGGGUGGCCAUGGUAGGAGAUGGAGUGAAUGACUCGCCAGCGCUUGCCAGAGCUGAUAUUGGCAUCGCCAUUGGCACCGGGACUGAUGUGGCCAUUGAAGCUGCUGAUAUAGUUCUUAUCAGGAAUGAUUUAUUAGAUGUGGUUGCCAGUAUCCACCUCUCAAAGAGGACAGUGAGAAGAAUACGACUCAACUUUAUAUUUGCUUUGAUCUAUAAUCUUCUUGGCGUACCUAUUGCUGCAGGUGUGUUCAUGCCAGUGGGACUUGUGUUACAGCCUUGGAUGGGCUCAGCUGCAAUGGCAGCUUCCUCUGUGUCUGUGGUUUUGUCUUCAUUGCAGUUGAAAUGCUACAGGAAACCAGACUCAGACAGGUAUGAAGCUCGUGCGCAAGGACACAUGAAGCCUCUCACCCCAUCACAGAUAAGUGUUCACAUUGGGCUGGAUGACCGGAGAAGGGAUCUGACAAAAGCCUGGGAUCAGAUGAGUUAUAUCAGCCAAGUGUCCAGAGCCUCCCAGAAGCUGAAGCGCCACAGCUCUAUUGUAGAGCAGCAAGACAAGUGGUCACUGCUGAUCAAUGAAACACCUGAAGAUCAGCUGAUCUGAAUCCCUGUUUAAAGGGCAGAGGCAUCAUAUGAUGAAACUGAUCACCCUGAAUAUGAAUUUGGGAGUGUGAAUGAACUCAAUGGCAAGGAUUACACUUUCUUUCUGUCUAGUAGUGAAUAGGGAACAGUCAUCUCUAUAUAAUUCUGUUUACAAUGUAGUGGCCACAAAGAAAGCUUUUAAAAGUCAUAUAUUAAUGGAGAAGGGACAGAAAAUGGACCCAGUGAUGCUAAAAGCAGUUGGGCUAGAAAUUAAGAAAACAAAGAUAAGGGAUGUUAUGGGAAACAAACAGCAAGGACUCCGUAGCAAUGUCACAACUGUUCCACAGUCUGUUAUUUUAAUUUAAACCAAUAUUGGUAUGAAACGGGUGUCAUAGGUGUAACAGUGACAUCACACAGUCACAUGCUGGAAUGAUGUCAUUCAGCUAGGAAUGGGCAAAAGCAUAACUCCCAACAUUUUUUAAAUAAAAAGAGGGGAAAAAAGUUGGCGCGUGUAGCUCAGAUUUUUUUGACCACACCCAUUUUUGUGGCCACACACCCUAAUUACCAUGUUCAUUUUACAAAAUU